AUGCAAGAAACGUGCACUAGGGAAUCUUCUGUCAGCGAAUCCAACGACGAAUCCACAUCGAUCAGCCUGCCUCGAUUGGGUAUCUCCGCAAUUAGGCGGUUCACGAGUCUCGGCCCACGCUUCAGUCUCCAUCCACCGACUACCGACGACGACUACCCGUUGGAUGCCCCUGCACCUAGCACCCGCCAAUUGAGACCUGGCACACGCACAUUGCGAAUCAUGGAAUUCGCAAAUUUCCGAGUGAAGCGGAUGCGACUAGUAGCCAGUAGAAUGUCGGAUGCAGACACUGAGGACGAAACCUCAUCAUCAACGCAGAAACCUCUCACUAAGAAACUACCACUUAGGAUUUUUCGGCAAAACUCGCCCUCUCGUCUGAAGGCCUCGGAAAAAACUCCCGGGGCAAAUAAGUCAAACCGCAACUCAUUGGGAGAAACCGGGAGCACCCUGACUUGGGCCCCACCAACUAAACCUGUCAAAUCUGAUAAAAGCCCGGCUAAGCAGAAGAUCCGGUGGUUCAGCUCAAGCAGCCCGGUCGGCUCACGGCGCAGCAGAGCAGAGAAUUGUGUUUCGGACUCCCGUCCUGGGGCGACAGACAACAGGCGUGAACGAAAGCGGAGAAGCACGCUCACAAAAAAGGGCACGACUGAGAAAUCUCGCAGAAGUUGUCAUGUCCUGAAUGUGAGCAGGCGUGCGGUGGACACCUCGAGGGAUGAAGAACACGUCGCGCCGACCGAUGCCACGAAGCGUGCCCGCUCUCCAUCGCGCAUUGCCUACGACGCAGUCAAGCGAAUCUUUCGGGGACGCUCAAAGGAACGACCACACCAGCGUAACGCGAUUGGUGAAGUUGGGAGGGGGAGGGGCUGCGAUGUGGAGCAGACACAAGGGUUGAAUGCUGCAGCUGCUGCGGCUGCUGCUGCUGCUGCUGCUGGUGAAACCCGACACUCCGAUUCUAGAGAGGGCAUCCCUACAUCCAAGCGGAUACUUGGUGCGGAAAGAUAA